CUGCUCCGUCACAGCGGACAAAAAAAAUUAAACAUUAUUUUUUGUAAAAAAAUCAUAUAAAUAACAGCCACUUAAUGGACUUUCCGCCCUAAAAAACACGCAUGAGUAUUAAUAAUUCCAUCUGGCUCGGAGGCCAAGGUUAAAAAUACGGUUUAUAUUUAAAAUUGAAGAAAAUCCACUUCAGUAAGAGGGAAAUAAUCAAGAACAGCUUAUCACCAUGAAAUUUCAGCGUGUCUUGGUAUUUUGUGGCGUAGCAGUGUGUCUCAUGCAGAUUGCUGCGGGAGCUGGACGCGGGCGGCCGACAAGAUGCAGACCCCGACGGACGAUUUUGUUUAAGUUAAAAGCUGGUUCUUCUUACGACUUCACGACGCAGAUGACAUUCUACAAUUGGUGUCAACUUUUCGUUCCAAAUGUCUGCCCGCUUACGUGCGCAAACGUUGAUGGAUUAUGCCCCUCUGUAGAACCAACGAAUGGCGAAGUCCGGGUAACUGGUACUAACGGUGUGAAUCUCAACCCGUUUACAGAAUCCGGGAACAGUGUUGGGUGCUACAACCCGAAGUCCAUUGCAGAAUACAAAUGGACAUAUCAUGCCGGUGUAUCUUCUGGACAAGAUUCAUUUUACCUUGCUACACCUGGAGGGAACGAUCAUCAGCUCUACAAAGUUCUUAUUCGCUGAGCUAUCUCAGUUUUGAAUGAAAUAACUAAUAAGGUUUACUUUUUAUUCCUCUCCAGCUGACCCAAUGUUAUAGUCAUUAUCUACUUUGCCACCAGAAGGUAGUUAUUAAUCAUAAGGAGAAAAAUCUCAGUAAUUGCUUGAACAAUCUUUUAACAAAAAUCGUUUGAAAACUAUGUGAAAUAGAUAUGGGUUGCCACAUUGGUAUCGAUCAUUUCAAUUUGGCUAGCUAAUGGUCAUAUGUUUUUUUUUCAAACGAAUUCGCAGUCUCUCUUUUUUGCAAUAACACAUGCUAUUUUAAGAGUGACGAACGCUAACACAAGUAACAGUGAAUUGAAUUAGCUUUUUAAGAUACUUUCCGAGGAGGAUUGGCUUCCAGAGUGCAACAUUGAUAUUCUGUCCCAUAUAUGGACAUGUCGUGCUUCAAAAUUCGAAUUCCAACAGCCGUUUUGUUCAUUUCAACAUUUGAAUCGUGAAUUUUGGUCUUAUUUCCUCACGAAAAAUUCA